AAAGAAAAUUCUAUCCAUAUACGUUUAACCAUAUUGAAGAAACUCAAUGGCAUGGUAAAUCUUAUCAAAAGAUCCACCCUCCAACUCACAUAAAUAAUGAAACAAAUCGCACACACACCCAUCAACAAAGAAUGAAAAUGCUUCUAAUUACCUUCCUUAUCUGUUCUCUCCUCUCCCUCUCCCAUGCUUCUGUUGUAGACUUCUGUGUAGCAGAUUUGACUGGCCCUAAUGGGCCUGCAGGGUACUCUUGCAAGAAGCCUGCAAAGGUUACUGUGGAUGAUUUUGUUUACACUGGCCUUAGCGCUGCUGGCAACACCUCAAACAUCAUCAAAGCUGCAGUGUCCCCAGCAUUUGAUGCACAAUUUCCUGGAGUGAAUGGCCUUGGAAUUUCCAUUGCCCGUUUGGACAUUGAAAAGGGUGGAGUUAUCCCACUUCACACACACCCUGGAGCUUCAGAAAUCUUAGUUGUUGUGCAAGGGAAAAUCUGUGCUGGAUUUGUUUCUUCAGAUAACACUGUGUACCUUAAAACUCUUCAAAAGGGUGAUGUCAUGGUGUUCCCUCAAGGCUUGUUGCACUUCCAAAUCAAUGCUGGCGCCCUUCCAGCUUUGGCUUUUGUGAGCUUCAGCAGUGCCAACCCUGGCCUUCAAAUUCUCGACUUUGCUUUGUUCAAAAGUGAUUUCCCCACUGAUUUGAUAGCUGAAACCACUUUUCUUGAUGCUGCUCAGAUUAAGAAGCUUAAGGGUGUUCUUGGAGGAUCAGGUUAAAUUAAUUAAUGAAGUUUUAAACUAAAUGAAAUGAGAACACAUAGGUCUCGAGAGUGGUGUCUCUUUUGUUCAAUUUAUUUGUUAUGUACGUGUGGUUUUCAUUUUGGGUUUAGCACGCAUGUAAACGUGUGAUUUUCUUCUUCUUUAGUAGGAUUGGUUAACCGGGUCACUGAUCUGGUUUAGGUUGUAUUGUUUCUCGUUGUUGUCAAGCAUGUUUCUUUUAGAUGGAUGAUUUCUUACUUAAGAAAUUUGUACUACAAGAUGAAUAAAUGUGCGGUAUUUUCUUGCAUGUUUUUUCUUUUAAUGCGUGAAACAUUUCAUCAAGUAUUGUUGUAUAAAAAAAAUAAGAAAAAUACAAUAAAGUUGCAUAUCUGAUAAUUGCCAUGAAAUGGAGCAAAUGGUUAGUUUAUGUCCACUU